AUUCCCUAUUGCACAAAUAAAUUCCACAUAUUUUUAUUCCUUCAUUCGCUCUUUUAUACAAAGCAUCUUCUUUAGGACUUUCACCAUUUUUCACCAUCACCAUGGUUCCAGAAUUAGAGAAACCAAAAGUCACCGAAAUACAAGUCCGAAUGGACUGUAACGGGUGCGUACAGAAGAUCAAGAAAGCUCUACACGGUAUCAACGGUAUAUACGAUAUCUAUAUCGACAUCCCACAACAAAAAUUAACCAUAAUCGGGUGGGCUGAUCCGGAAAAGAUUGUGAAAGCAAUUAAGAAAACGAGAAAAACCGCAACCAUAUGUUCUCAUACAGCGCCAGAGGAGUCAGAGCCGCCACCGGAAGACGGAGGCCCUGCAAACCCUCCGGGAGAAGAAGCUCCGCCAGCGGAACAGACUCAAGCAACCGAACCGGAAAACCCACCUCCAGAUGGUGGAGGAGCACCUCAACCUACGGAACCUCCGGCAAAUGAGCCGCCACGAUAUGUUGGAUCAGAGGUGGAAGAGGUUCAUGUUGUGUAUCGUUAUCCACCAGACGCUCGUUACUCCAGCAGCCAUGGUGGGCUAGGAUUCAACCACGAGCCGCCACAACCAGUUCAUGUGAACCAUAGUUACAACAUGUAUGAGCCGACACCUUACGUCACCGAAUAUGAAUACAUCCGUCCGCCGCCACCACGAUACACCUCUUACAGUUGGCCGGAACCACCACCGCGAUACACACAUUACAGCCGCCCAGAACCGCCGCCACAACAUUACAGCCGCCCGGAACCACCACAACUUUAUAGUCAUCUCGAACCACCACCACAACUUUACAGCCGUCCCGAACCACCAUCACAACAUUACAGCCACCGAGAGCCACCACCAGAAACCUACAGCCGCCCAGAGCCACCUCUACAAACCAACGACCGUCCAGAACCACCACGACAAUAUAAUGGCCGUCCAGAGCCACCACCAGAAACUUACAGCCGCGCAGAGCCACCACCACAACCAUACGGCCGCCCAAAGCCACCACUGCAACAUGACAGCCGGUCGGAGCAACCACCACAGAAUUAUGGGAGGCCAGAGCAUCUACAACAUUACAGACAAUCAGAGCCGCCACAGCAAUACAUACAUCAUAGCCGCCAGGAACCACCACAACCCUACUCAAGCUACCACCAUCCAGGGUCACCACCGCCAUCUCUCCGCCACAGUAGACCUGAGCCAACACAACCCUACUCAAGCUAUCACCAUCCAGGGUCACCACCGCCACCUCUCCGCCACAGUAGACCUGAGCCACCACAACCCUACUCAAGCUACCACCAUCCAGGGUCACCACCACCACCUCUCCGCCACAGUAGACCUGAGCCACCACCUCUACAAACAUACUAUGGGAGACUUGAGCCACCACACUAUAUGGAGUACAAUGAUGAGAUUACAUCACCUUACGGGGAAGAAGAUCCAAUUAAUGGAUGUACAAUUGUCUAAAAAAUGAGGAUUCUAGAAAGAGAUUAAUUAAUCAAUCUAUCGAUUAAAACCAGUCAAAUUAAAAGUGUUCCCAUGGAAGCAUGUGAUGUUGAAGGAGAAGAACAAGAUUCCUAGCUUGUUAAGUGCAUGAGGAAUAUGUUCUUAAUUCCUCUUGAGGAUGAGGGAGAUGUAUACCCAUCUUUUUGUUAUCUCAAAAAGAGAUUUCAAUGUAUUUUGAAACGAAUUACCAAAUUUUAGACGUAACUAGAGGAUAUAUGAUAAAAAAAUUUAUGUACGUACACUUUUAGAAAGGAUUAAAACGAUGUAAUUAGUUUCCAAAUCGAAUAUAUGAUAAUAAUAAUAAAAAAAAUUACUUAUGUGUAA